AUGAGGCCAAUUCUUCUCAAUGUUUUAACCCCGUUGCUAGGUCGGCGACCGCGGUCGCCGUUUGGUCCCGAACGACCAUCAAGUGAACUUCUCACGGAUGUAGCCCGAAAGGAUACCAACACCAGGAUACGCCGCCCGAGAAAAGUUGAGAAGCAUGGGGGCAUGGAACGACUCGAAACUCAGAACGCUGAAAAUGCGAUGUCAAGUAUCGCAGGUCGGAUGCUAGAACGCAAGGCCCUGCUUUGUCCGACAGUGGAAGAUGACUUGUCACGGGACAGUAGUUCAGGUCACCAGGUGGCUGUAUCAAUGGCAGCGUUGUUAAGGAACCAGCGAAGGGAUGGCAAGGAUGUCCCCUUGAGCGAUGCAUCAUCUCCUACUACCACCCUCGAGAAACAAACUCAGUACUGCGAGGGCGGGCUGGCCAUAACACUCGGAGCCACUGGCCCACUGCCUGAUAUUGAUAGACGCAGCCAUGUCUCAUCACCAUUCAAGGUAGUGAGCCUCGCCUCUGCAUCCGACGGGUUUCUGAGCUGUGUAUCUAACACCUGCUGGCUUUCGAAAUUCAAAGAGAACCACAAUCUUGUUUUCCAGUCAUCGUCCCCACUGCAGGUGCCCUCUACCUUCGAUACUGGCAUUGAUCCUAAACUACUUCUGAAAUGCUCCAGUUAA